AUGCAGAACUCUAGCCUCUUUCAUCGGGGCACAGACUUCCUUUUACUCCUUCCUUUUGCACUCUCGCCGCCUCCUCCCGGGAAGAAGCGGAGGCACCGGCGGCCCGGGGCAGCGACGAGCCGGGCCACUGAGGCUGUGCGAAAAGUUACUUUUUGGGAGUGCGGAACUGGGGCCCCGUUGGUGUACUGCUCGGAGCAAUGGGAGCGGCCCUGUGUCCCACCACUUUGUUUGCUUGUAGUGGCCGCAGGCACCACCGGAAUGGGGGGGGGGGGGUCCCACUCGACCUUAGUGGUUUGGGGCCACUGGGCGAGACUCGGGGACAAUAGGGUUUGGGAAAAGCCCAGGUCCCUAGUCCGGGGUGGGUGCAUCCGCCCUGCCUUCUUAUGCGGGCGGAGGCCGAGUGGUAAACGGCUGUCCCAAACUCCCGGUGCGUGUCCCCGCGCGCCGUGUGUUCGUUUUGCAGAGCCAGCCUUUGGGGAGGUGAACCAGCUGGGAGGAGUAUUCGUGAACGGGAGGCCGCUGCCCAACGCCAUCCGGCUUCGUAUCGUGGAACUGGCCCAACUGGGCAUCAGACCGUGUGACAUCAGCCGCCAGCUACGGGUCUCGCACGGCUGCGUCAGCAAGAUUCUGGCGCGCUACAACGAGACAGGCUCGAUCUUGCCAGGAGCCAUUGGGGGCAGCAAACCCCGAGUUACCACCCCCACCGUGGUGAAACACAUCCGGACCUACAAGCAAAGGGACCCUGGCAUCUUUGCCUGGGAAAUCCGGGACCGCCUGCUGGCGGACGGCGUGUGCGACAAGUACAACGUGCCCUCGGUGAGCUCCAUCAGCCGCAUCCUGCGCAACAAGAUCGGCAACUUGGCUCAACAGGGUCAUUACGACUCCUACAAGCAGCACCAGCCGGCGCCGCAGCCGGCUCUGCCCUAUAACCACAUCUACUCGUACCCCAGCCCCAUCACGGCGGCCGCAGCUAAGGUGCCCACGCCGCCCGGGGUGCCAGCCAUCCCCGGCUCGGUGGCCAUGCCCCGUACCUGGCCCUCCUCCCAUUCCGUCACCGAUAUCCUGGGCAUUCGCUCCAUCACCGACCAAGGAGUGAGCGACAGCUCCCCCUACCACAGCCCCAAGGUGGAGGAGUGGAGCAGUCUGGGCCGUAACAACUUCGCCGCCGCCGCCGCCCCCCACGCGGUGAACGGGCUGGAGAAGGGAGCUCUGGAGCAGGAAGCCAAGUACGGUCAGGCACCAAAUGGUCUACCAGCUGUAAGCAGUUUUGUGUCGGCGUCCAGCAUGGCUCCUUAUCCGACCCCGGCCCAAGUGUCGCCUUACAUGACCUACAGCGCCGCUCCUUCCGGUUAUGUGGCUGGACAUGGGUGGCAACAUGCCAGCGGCACCCCACUUUCCCCCCACAACUGUGACAUUCCCGCAUCGCUGGCGUUCAAGGGAAUGCAGGCAGCCAGAGAAGGUGACUUUCUGGCAACGUCUUUGUCUCUGUUUGGUGGUGGGCUCCUGGACCUGGACUUGCCCCAAAUUUUGUGUGUGCAGUGAAGGCUUCAACAUCU